AUGGGCAAGAACCACCAAACUCAAACCAUGCACACAUACAAUAACAAUACUCACACUGAUCAUCAUCUCACAUGUUCUUCUUCUUCUUCUUCUUCUCUUGUAGAUGAACCUAAAGAGUCUCCAAUAGAGCAAGUGCGUCACACUGUGCCAACAACCGACGAUCCGAUGAUGCCUGUGCUGACAUUCCGGACAUGGGUCCUUGGAAUCUCAGCAAGUUUGGUCAUAAACCUCACAAUCACCUUCUUUGGAUUCCGGCAAAACCCGAUGGUCAUGAGCACUACACUGACCCAGAUACUCAUGCUCCCCAUUGGCAGGAUCAUGGCCUCUACCCUUCCGGCGAGGCAAGUGAAGAUUCCUUGGGUUGGCUUUUCCUUCUCCCUAAACCCUGGGCCAUUCAACAUCAAGGAGCAUGUCCUUGCAGAUACACUCUCCGUUGGUGGAGGGUAUCCUUUCUCUCUGCAUAUAGUUACAUUGAAGAAGGUCUUCUUCGAACAAAAUAUUAAUAUAAUUCCAAGUUUCAUGAUGAUAAUAUCAACUCAGUUACUUGGUUAUGGUAUUGCUGGGUUGUUCAACAAAUUGCUAGUUCAAUCUCCUUAUAUGUGGUGGCCUACCACUUUAAGUACUGUCAGCAUGUUUAGAGCGCUGCAUGAGACAGAAGAGGUAAAACUAAAAGGGAAGUCAUCAAAAUUUCAGCUGUUGAUCAUGGCAGGGAUAUCUAGCUUUGCUUAUUAUAUAAUUCCUAAUUUCUUCUUCCCAUCUCUAACAGCUCUUUCAAUGGUUUGUUGGAUUUGGAAAAGAUCAAUCACAGCACAACAAAUAGGUUCAGGUCUUCAUGGUCUUGGCCUUGGCUCUAUUGCCUUUGAUUGGAAUGCUAUCUCAGGAUUCUUGGGUAGCCCCAUGUCUUUGCCUCUGUUUACUAUAAUGAAUACAAUGGCAGGGUUUGUCUUAAUGCUCUACAUCAUAGUCCCAAUUAGUUAUUGGUCCAAUUUAUUUGAGUCAAAGAGAUUUCCCAUCUUCUCUUCUGAUGUUUUUGAUUAUGAUGGUCAAAACUACAAUGUGUCUCGUGUUCUUAAUCCUAUAACCAAUCAACUUGAUGUUGAGGCCUAUAACAACUACUCAAAGCUCUAUCAGAGCAUCACUUAUGUUCUCAAAUCAGGGUUUGGAUUUGCUGCUGCUGUUGCAACUCUGACUCAUGUUGCCUUAUUCUAUGGAAGAUCAUUAUGGCAACAAUUUAUUCAUGCAUACAAAAAUGAGGAAGGAGAUGUGCAUAAUCAUCUAAUGAGAAAAUACAAAGCUAUUCCCAUGUGGUGGUACUGCGUUAUGCUUCCAUUCUGGGGGCUUUUGUUGGCAUGUGCUCUGGUUCUCCUUUUUCUACCUGCACUGGGCGUCAUUUUGGCAAUCUCUGGCAAUGCAACAGACACUAACAUCGUGGAAGAGUUGAUAAUCUCAUACUUGUAUCCAGGAAGGCCAUUUGCCAAUAUGACUUUCAACAGCUAUGCUACAAUGAGCAGGUCCAAUGCUUUCAGCCUCCUUAGUCAACUUAAGGUUGGUCACUACAUGAAGAUUCCCCCCAGGUCUAUGUUCAUUGCUCAGAUUGCAGGAACUUUGAUCGCAACUUUGAUCUGUUUCUUUUUCAACUGGUGGAUUAUCAGCUCCAUCAACAACAUAUGCCACCUGGAAAAACUACCUAAAGGAAGCCCAUGGACAUGUCCAAGUGAAAGAAUCCGCUACACCAAUACAAUUAACUGGGGAAUCAUUGGUCCUCAACAUCUUUACUACCCAGAUGGUCUUUACAGCUCAAUUUAUUACUUCUUUCUCAUUGGCUUGAUAAUGCCGAUUAUCACAUGGCUAUUAACUCUAGCUUUUCCGGCCAAAAAAUGGCUACGUUCAAUUAAUUUUCCGAUCAUGUUCUCUGCCGGUGCUAGUGUUUUACCUGCCACUGCUGUUACCUUUUGGUCUUGGUUUGUGACCGGUGUUUUCUUUCACUUUGUGCUGUCAAAGAGGUUUGGAGAUGAAUGGAUGGAGAAAGGGUUCUUAUUAUCUGCAGCUCUGGAGUCUGGAUGUGCUAUUGCAGGUCUUUUGCUUUCUGCAACUCUUCAGUUGGGUGGUGUUUAUGGAAUUUCUUGGUGGGGGAUGGAUCUAGAUGAUCAUUGCCCGCUUGCACAUUGCCCUACCACACCUGGUAUUGAAGUUGAUGGUUGUCCUACUCUCUACUAA